AGGAAAUGUAGUUUGUUACCGUCCAGAAACGUGGUGUCCAGGGCGCAACCUCGGAAAUCUGGGUAAGUAAGGACGGGGGCAGGACCUUCAACGGGGUGCAGAAGAACCGGAGUUAAUAUCACGAAGUUUCGGCAGAGCGGAUCUAAAAAUGUAUGCGAGAUUGAGCACCUACAUUUUGGGGAAUGAACUUCUGGGCAGUGGCCAGUUCCUGAAGCAAGCAGUCUCUUGUGUGGACAUAUUAAACAGAGGUGGCAGAGUGCUCUUGAGGGGUGCGGACUGGCUGAAUAAUGAGCACUUAAGAACAAGAACUCAGUGGAUCACCACUGGAACAGAAUGGCAGUCGAUAAUAACCAACUGUAAUCCUAAGGCAUUGAAACACUUUGGUACAAAAUUGGUUCCCUGUUCCUCUACUAGGAAGGGACUGCCUACUAAGACAUCGAUUAUUCUGCCAGCUCAGAUUACUGGAGCUCUUGUGAACUGUUCGUUGAAAAAUCUUCUACUUUUAACAAAUCACAAAGGCUCAAGUCAAUGUUUGAAAGAAAAAGUGCAAUUUCCAGCUGUGCGAAGGAUGUUAAGAACCCAUUAUUUAAUUAAUACCUGUCAUCUGGCUCGUAGAGUUAUGCCUGCUACACCUGACAAUUUAAUCCUCCUGAGCCACAGACCAUUUUCAAAGUCCUCUGCAAACAUGGGGAGAUCUGCUGAGAACCAACAGAUGACACUGCGGACGAAAUUUCUAUUAACUUGCCUCUUUGGAACUGCUGUGAUAGGGUUUUGGUUCUACGUUCACUUGGAAAAGAAGGAACAGGAGAAGUUGAGACGCCAGGAGCAGUUGAAAAAGUUGGCCCUUGGUCAAGGUAACUUCAACUUACUAGAUCACACUGGAAGACCCAAAACCAAAAGUGAUUUCAUUGGCCAGUGGGUGCUGCUAUACUUUGGGUUCACACAUUGCCCUGACAUCUGUCCUGAUGAACUGGAGAAGAUGUCCAGUGCAGUACAAAUUUUGGAUAUGGACAAAACAUUGCCACCAGUCCAACCUAUCUUCAUCACGGUGGAUCCAGAUCGAGAUGGAGUGGACGAGAUGGCAAAAUACAUCAGAGAUUUUCACACUCGUAUGAUUGGGCUAACUGGGACUCCAGAACAGAUUAAGGAGCUGGGGAAGGCAUAUAGGGUAUAUUAUAGUGCUGGUCCCAAGGAUGAAGAUAAUGACUACAUUGUGGAUCACACCAUCAUCAUCUACCUUCUCAACCCUGAUGGGCUUUUCAUCGAUUACUACAAUAGGAGCAAAACUGAUCAGGAAAUUGCUGAGAGUAUCCGAGGCCACAUGAAAACCUAUGUUCAACUGUUCAGUUGAAAAAAAAAACUGGGAAGUUAUUUGCAAAUAUUUACAUUAGCAACAAUUAUUGAUGAACAAGUUCACCUCAUCCCACAAAUGGACUAGGACUCCAGAGCCUUUUACUGCAAGUAAUUUCUCAACCUUUGCUUAACACUUUUCCAAUCCUAACAAUCUGAUCAAAUGGCAAUGAUCAAACUAUUUUUUCAAAUGAGAUUACGUUUCAGCGAAGUGAUUACAGAUUGUUUAUGUAAAUAAUAAUGAAUCUUGUAAGGUGAAUAUUGAUUUAAGAUUAACUGCAAGGUUUGUUUAGUAUUCAGGAACAUGACUGCCAAGCGCAGUUGCUCACCCAUUGUUAAUUGGUGUCAGCAUCCACUCAAUAAUUUCAGUUAUAAUUAUUUGAAAUAACUUCACUAGUUGAGUCAGAAUGAUUGUGCAUGUCUCAAAGAGUUCAGAACUCAUCAAUACUUGUAUAUUUUGUUUGCAAAUUUGUUAUUAUUUGUAUCUAGCUAUUGGAAUAUAGUUUGUAUAAUUAGACCCAAGAGUUAGGGCAAUAGAUUGGAUUCCUGUAUAUAACAGACUUUAAGAACAGGGUGCUAAUCAGACAGACAGAAACUCAAUACUUGAAACUGAGCAUUUUAUAUCUUCUGAUCCUAUGACACCUCUUUAUAAAAAAAACGGAUUUCUGUUUUUUACUAACAGAGCCACCCCAUCCCAUCUGCCUACCUGCCUGUCAUUUCGAUACAUUGUGUAUCCUUGGUUGUUAAAACUGUGAUCUUCUUUCGGCCAUGAUUUACUGAUGCCCAAAUUUCAUACUUGCCAAUUUCCAACUGAACUAUAAGAUCAUCUACUUACAGUUGCAAGAAAAAGUUUGUGAACUAUUCAUGAAAUGUGGUCUGAUUUUACUCUAAGUCACAAUAAUAGACAGACACAAUCUGGCUAAACUAAUAAUACAUAAACAAUUACAAACAAGAGAAAAUCUGCAGACACUGGAAAUCCAAGCAACACACACAAACCCUUCGGUCAGACUGGAAGGGGUCUUGGCCCGAAAUGUCAACUGUAGUUUUUUCCAUAGAUGCUGUCUGGCCUGCUGAGUUCCUCCAGCAUUUUGUGUGAGUUGCACACCUAAACAAUCAUACUUUUCAUAUCUUUAUUGAGCACAUUGUUUAAUUAUUUAGUCCAGGCUGGAAAAAGUAUGUGAACCCUUGUAUUCAGUAACUGGUAGAACCUUCUUUAGCAGCAAUAACCUCCACCAAAUGUUUCCUGUAGCUGUUGAUUAGACUUGCACAAUGGCCAAGACCAUUCCUCCAUACAAAACUAUUUAAGUUCAUCAAUAUUUCUGGGAUACCUUGCAUGAACUGUGCUCUUAAGGUCAUGCUACAGCAUCUCAAUUGGGUUAAGUUCUGGACUCUGAUUUCAACAUCCCAAAAUACAAAUUUUCUUAUCCUUAAACCAUUCUGUUGAUUUUUUUUAUUGUGUUUCAGAUCGUGGUCUUGUUGCAUCAUCCAACUUCUGUUAUGUUCCAGGUGACAGACCGUGACCCUGACAUUCUCCUAUAAAGUGUCUUGAUCCCUCACUUAUUGUUCCCUUAAAAAUUGCAAGCUGUCCAGGCCCUGAGGCAGCAAAACAGUCCCAAACCAUGACGGUCUUUUCACCAUGCUUCACAGUUGGGAUGAGGGUUUGCUGUUGGUGUGUAGUGCCCUUUUUCCCCAAACAUAGAGGUGUGCAUUUCUGCCAAAAAGUCCAAUUUUUGACUCAUCUGUCCACAGAACAUUGCUCCAGAAGCGUUGCGGAACAUCCAGGUGCUCUUUUGCAAACUUGAGAUGUACAGCAAUUUUUGUUUUUGGAGAGCAGUGGUUUCCUCCAUGGUGUCCUUCCAUGAACACCAUUUUUGUUCAGUGUUUUUCUGAUAAUGGUCACAUGACGAGAGACUUUAGCAAGUUCUAGAGAUUUCUGAAGGACUUUUGCUGUUACCCUUGGGAUCUUUUCACCUCCUUCAGCAUUCACUGACUGGAACACCUGACUCCAAAUAGCUUUUUUUUUGAAGGCAUUACCUCAGAGGUUCACAUAUCUUUUUAAACUGAGACUGUGAUUGUUUAAAUAGUGUACUCGGUAUUAAUGAAAGGAAGUACAAUUGCUAGCAGAUUGUGUUUGUCUAUUAUUGUGACUUAGAUGAAGAUCAGAACACAUUUUAUGUGCAAUUCUUGCAGAAAACCAGGUCAUUGUAAAGGGUUCACAAACUUUUUCUUACAACUGUAAUUCUUUAUACUGCACACAUUCAAAUGUAACACCUUUAGUCCUGUAUUCACCACCCUUUUUAAUUUUGCCUCACUGGAAGUUAAAUUCUUGAUUUCCUGUUUAUUCUGGAGACUUCUGUAACCUUUACUGUAUCUCCCUUUCCUUGUACUUUAACCUCAUUUUUCCAAGCUGUUGAACACACCUCCCUAUUAUUUAAAGACACACUUCAGUGCAUCCCACUGACUGCAAUUUUUCCAUGUUAACCGCCUAUCCAUCCUCACAUUUUCACUACACACUGCAUCUACUCGUAAACCAUCUGCCCCACCCUCUGCCUGGUAAUUUCUCACCACCACCACUGCGAAAUUAAACCUUCCCCAAUAGCUCUCGCAAAGUUGCCCACCAGGAAAAAUUGUUUAAUGAUGGGCUCAAGACAAGCUUGGCACAAAGCUGAAUGAUGAUGAAAUAGGUAACCUUCUCAGUCCUAAUAACCUUAAGUGCCGGGUGAAUAUAAAGAACCAAGAGUAUGGCAGACCUGUGACACCUAGCCCAGGAAUUGCAUCUGUUCAAUCUUGGCUAUGCUAUAUAGAACUAUGGAUUUGAAGUGGAAUAAUCAAAAGGUGUAAUGUGGUUUAAGCAGAUUUGAUUAUCCUCCUUCAGGAUGGAUAUGCCUAUCUUAACACAAUUCAAAUAUUAUGUUGUUUAAUAUAUUUUAAUAAAUAUCACAGCAAUUCUGAAGUUAAUAAAUUAACAAUGAUACAAACUUG